UUUGAAUCUAUAAAUAUGAAGAAUGUCCUUCACUGGUCAGCACCAGAAGGCACAGGUGAUGGAGUAGUCUACAAGGUGAAGUAUGCAGUAUACGGUGUUGGCAAGUGGAUUAGAAAGCCAGAAUGCAGGAAUAUAAACAGAACAUGGUGUGACCUCUCCAGUGAGACCUCUGACUACGAAGAACAAUACUAUGCAAGUGUUAAAGCAUUCCUAAAUGGGGCAUGCUCUGACUGGAUGGAGACCACACGAUUCAACCCUCUAACAGACACUAAAAUAGGUCCACCCAUGGUAAGUGUAUCUUCUACUGACAGAUCUAUUUCAAUCAUUUUGACUGCUCCUGAGAAGUGGAAGAGAAGUCCUGAGGAAGAAUCCAUAUCUCUGCUUCAAGUGUAUCCUGGCCUACAGUACAAUGUGUCUGUCCUCAACAAAAAAACGAAGAAGCGGUGGUUCUUCUCCAUCAGCAACAACACCUUGGUUGUGCCCUGGUUAGAACCUGGAACAGCUUAUUGUGUCAGUGCACAGAUACACGUCACCACACCAGUUUUGGACAGUGGCUUUUCCAAAGAACAUUGCAUUACUACAUUGAGAGACAAAACAGAAGAUGAGACUAUAACAAUUACAUUUGGAUAUAUUAUGCCUGCUACGCUGGCUCUCCUUUUUAUUUCUGUGGUAUGCUAUUGGGUGCACAAGUAUAUUCACAUCCACAAACAAAAACAUCCAACAAACCUGGUAUGGCCAUACACUGACAAAUGCAAGGAAUGGGUCUUCAUACCAAGUGAAAAAAUAGUGCUCAACCUUAUCACUGUUAAUGGGGACAACGGUGAGGAAUCCAGAUAUCUGUCGGAAGGGAAAAGUCCCCAUUAUAAGACAGUUCACAACGACACUGAAGGGAGGGAUUUGCCUUCUGAACAAGUGCUGAAAGCAAGAUAUUUGCUUGAUUUUUCCUGUGAAGAGAUUUCACUCAAAGAAGAUACUUUAGUGGAAGAGAGCCAAACUGGAAACUGGGCAUCUCAUGGCUGGUCUGGAAUACAGAAUACUUGGAGAGAUAAAAAUGCAGGGGUUGUAGAGUAUGAGCAUGAUGUAAGGACUGAAGAAGUUGGUCCUGAUCAGAAACUAGAAGAGAAAUUUUCUGCCCCUGGGGGGCCACAGGGUGAGCCAAAGGUUGCUUUGGGGGACUUGGUUGAUAUGGAAACAGGACAGCCAUAUUCCCCCCAGCUAGAGAUAUGGGUAGGAGACCUUUGUUUGGGACAGAAAACAGAGGAACUUAAUUUGAAGGUGGUUGAUGCAGCAGAUGAAUUGCCAAGUGAGACCCAUAUCAAAUUCAUGGACCUGGAUACUGAAAAAUCUGGGCAGACAUCCUAUCAUCAGCUGGAAGAAACCACACAGGGCCUCACAGAGAAAGAAGGUAUGCAGACCAUAUUAGUUGAUUGGGAUCCUCACAGUGGAAGACUGUAUAUUCCUACUUUGUCCAGUGUUGAAAAUCAGGUGUGUGAAGGAGUAUUCAAGUAUGAUCAUCCUGACAAAGACAGAAUUUUGCUCAGACUCUAUGAGAGAGAGGUAUCUGGUGGAUCACCUGAGGACCAAGCAAUGUAUCUCCUGCAGUUCAAGGAACAAUGGGGACUUCAUGUAGAAAUGGAAGACUGA